UUUUGCUUUUCAUUUUUAUUGUGUAGCGAAGUAUAAUAAGCUGUCUUUUCCGCCAAAUGCUCACUCACCCCUCCUCUUCGUCUUCCGGCCGCUUUCUCCUCCUCGGAUGACGCCCGUUGAGUUCGCUCUCUCGCCUUCGUCUGCUCCCUCUCUCUCCUCUGUAUGCUCAAAUCUGUACUCAUCUCUUCAAUUUCUAGACACAAAUUUCAUUAUUUAGCGAUAGCGCUUCGGCAGAAAUACAGACAAAAGAAACAAAUUUGAGUCCCUCUCUCUCUCUCUCUCUCUCUCUCUCUCACAGACACACACAUUAGCACCAGUAUUCAGCACCGGACUACCAGCAUCUUCUGCAGAUUAAUUUUCUUACAGUUUUUGUUUUUCUGGGUAAUGGUUCCUACAAAGCUCAGCAGCUGAAGAGGAAGAAAGUAUAGGUCCCCCCCGCUCCCUCUCUCUCUCUCUCUCUCUCUCUCUGUGGAUCAAUGAAGGAAUUAAUGACACAAUUUGAGAAAGACCCAGUUCGUUUUAAGUAUUCAGAGGCUGAUUUACAAGCAUUUUUAUGAUGUGUUUCUUUAUGCUCAUCUUCAGUCAAUCGAGGUACAUUACCCUUUUCGGUUCUCUGUAUGGCUAAUCUAUAUUAUUUCGUUCACUUUUUUAUGUGAAAAAAAGGGCUAAGUAAAAGAGAGGUUAGGGGAGAAAUUAUAAAUUUGAGAGAUGAUGAGGGACUUCCCCUCGUGUUUUGGUGAAAAUGGGGUUCAAAUUGCUGAUUCUUCUUCAUCAACUGCAAGUAGAACUGCCCAAAAUCUGGUCACAUGUGUGUAUCAGUGUAGAUUGCGCGAUCGUUCGUGCUUGAUUACGAUUACUUGGACAAAAAAUUUGAUGGGUCAGGGCCUUGGUAUUGUUAUCGAUGAUUCUACCAACCAGUGCCAUUGUAAAGUAGAUAUCAAGCCAUGGUUGUUCUCCAAGAGAAAAGGAUGUAAGAAUAUAGAGGUGGAUUCUAGUAGGAUCGAUGUAUAUUGGGACUUAUCCAAUGCUAAGUUUGGCUCCAGUCCUGAGCCAUUGGAAGAAUUCUAUUUGGCUGUUGUCUUUAACCAUGAAAUGGUUUUAUUGCUUGGGGAUUUAAGAAAGGAGGCAUAUAAGAAGAUAAACACCACUCCCGUUCCCUUUGGUUCUGUUUUAAUUGCUAAGAGAGAGCACAUUUUUGGGAAAAAGUUUUAUGGUGCAAGGGCUCAGUUUUGUGAAAAGGGGCAGAUGCACAAUCUCACGAUUGAAUGUGACACAGUUGGUCUCAAUGAACCGUCACUUGUGAUCAGCAUUGAUAGGAAGCCAGUGAUGCAGGUGCGGCGCCUUAGGUGGAAGUUUAGGGGUAACCACACCAUUUUUGUGGAUGGGCUUCCAGUUGAAGUGUUUUGGGAUGUCCAUAACUGGCUAUUUGGUAAUGCCAUGGGCAGCGCAGUUUUUAUGUUCCAAACUUGCUUCUCUUCUGAGAAGAUGUGGACUAAUCAGUCUCUCUCUCAUCCUUCUGUAUUGACUUGGUCUUGCUCUCCAAGUCAAAAAGAUUCUCGAUUACAAGGUCUUGGUUUCUCACUGAUAUUGUAUGCUUGGAAGAAUGAAUGAAUAGAGUUGUACUUUUCCUCUCUGAGAGCAAAGAAAUACUUUUGAGUGAAGUUUUAUGAAA